AUGUUUACUUCAAUCGACCUCGCUUCACAUCUUGUUCUGCUUAUUGACUGCAGAAUAGAUGCUGAAGCCUCUACCCUUAAGAAAAACCUCACUGAUAUAACAGCAUCACAGGGUCCUGUAAGCAAAGUUGAUUAUAAGGCUGCGGAGGAAACAACAGCAACUCUAGAGGCUUUGAAAAUUGCCCUUGCUCAAAUUAGAAUCUGUGCCAGACUGGAAGCAUUAUUGCUGAAGAAAAAAAAUUUAAGCAAUGGAGACUCUCCGGAAGUUCAUGCUCAAAAGGUUGAUAAGCUGAAGGUUUUGACGGAAUCUCUUGCCAACUCUGCUGUAAAAGCUGAAAAGCGUAUUUUAGAUAACAGAGUACAAAAGGAGGAAGCAUUAAAAGUUCGAGUAGCUAAAGAUGGUGAAGCUAGUGAAAAGGAGAAGGAAUUGACAGCAGAGAUAUCUGAACUGCAACGCAAAAAAGAAGAUCUUGAAGCUGAAUUGAAAAAGGUUAACACUACUUUGGCUGCUGCUCAAGCACGAUUAUGGAAUGUGAGGGAAGAGAGAGAUCAGUUUGAGGAAGCAAACAAUCAGAUAGUUGAGCACCUGAAAAUAAAGGAAGAUGAACUUUCAAAAUCCAUUAGUUCAUGUAAGGUUGAAGCAGAUGUUCUCAAAACCUGGAUUAAUUUUCUGGAAGAUACUUGGGUUCUUCAGCGGUCAAAUGCAGACACUUACGAUAAGCAGGUCAAUGAUGAAUUGGAGAGACAUGAGGACUACUUCGUGAACUUGGCUAUUCAACUUCUUACUGCAUACCAGAAAGAGUUAGAGCCUUGUAUUAACCAUAUUGGCACAUUUGUCUUGAACCUCAAGAAUUUAAAUCAGAGGUUAGAGAUGACAUCCAGUGCAGAGACUGAGGAUUCAGACGUAUUAAAUCCAAGGAGAAAUCUUGAGGAGGAAUAUUUGACCUACGAAGCCAAGAUUAUUACCACCUUCAGUGUAGUGGAUAACAUGAAGCAGCAAUUUUACGCGCAGUAUGGGAAAAUUUCCAGGAACGAUGAAGAGAGAGUUAAAGAGCUGUUUGAUGCCAUUGAAAAAUUACGAACUAAAUUUGAGUCUAUUGAGAGACCAAUUCUUGAAAUAGAGAGCCCUGCAAAGGUUGAACCUCCACCUUCUGAGAAAAAGUUCGACGGUACUGCUUCACCUUCUGCACCAGCUCAUGGUGCCCAGCUUUCAAAGCCAGAGACGGAUGAACAGCCAGAAUUAUUCUCGGUUAAGGCAGACCAGGUAUUAGACCAUGAAGCUGAAUUAGCUAAGCUGGAAUCUGAGUUUGGGAAUGUUAGUCAAGAUUAUUCAACUGAGGAAAUUGGUGAUUGGGAAUUUGAUGAGCUUGAAAAAGAAUUGGCUUCUAGUUAA